AUGUUCAAGGCAAAAAGCCCGUUUGUAAUAAAUAGGCCCAAUCUAUAUAUGCAAAAGUUUACGUGGCAGCAAGAAGGCAGGCUAGACGCGGAGCUGCAUGCAGUCGCCCACACGAGAGGUUUGACAAUUAGCAUUGUGUCGAAUCGGAUCGGUAUCAGAAUCAGAAACAAGAAGGAUUUUGAAAGGAAUGGCGUCGAAUAUGAUGAGACCAGCGAUGUCGCUAAAUCCGUAGAAUUCUACUCUAGAGCCUUUGGUCACAACGUCCGUCGUCUUGACGAGUCCCACAGGUGGGGGGAGCUAGAGAGCGGGCAAACGACGAUAGCAUUCACACCGCUUCACCAGCAUGAGACGGACGACCUAACCGGAAAGGUUCAGUCUACGCAAUCAGCCCGUGAGAGAGCACCCAUCGAAGUCUGUUUCUGUUACCCCGAUGUUGAUGCCGCUUUCAAGAGGGCUGUAGAGAAUGGUGCGGUGGCAGUGAGCCAGCCGGAGGACAAGGAAUGGGGCCAGAAGGUUGGGUACGUGCGGGACAUUGACGGCAUCGUUGUACGCAUCGGAAGCCACGUUAAGUGAAACUGCCAUACAGAGACUCCAUCACGGAACGUGAUCAUUAACUAUAUAUAUACGCGUAAAAUAAUAAAAGACUACUAUAGUACCAUCUCUUUUUCUUUAUUUGUUGUUAAUGGAUAUUUUAUCUAAAAGCAAAAGUGGAAAAUAAAAAAGUUGUCCUACGUAGACCCACCAGUCUCGUUCUGCUAGGAAUCAAAUGGACCCAAUUAUCCAGCCAAUAAUUA